UUGAAGUAGACGAAUGUGUUUUCGCGCAUAGUCGACCGCGUAUCAACGGGAAACACAAUAACAAACGGUGUGCGUGAGUGUGAGUGUGUUUGUAUACAUGCAUGUGUCGACCAGCGGCCGCAAAUGUAACAAAAUAAAAGCAAAGAAAUACAAAAAAAAAAAACUAAAAACAAGUUUGCAAAGGUUAAACGAAAAAGAAUUAAAGUAAAUAGAUAAUCUAAGAAAAGUGCAAUGCAAUUAUUUAGCUGCUUUUUAUUGAAUUGCUUUUAAAAUAUUUACUGCAUUCUGAAUUUUUGGAGUAACAAGCACGAUUACAUGAACUGCCAACUUCCAAAAGGUGCAAAAAAUUAUAAGAAGUGCAAGUGUGUGACAAAGUGAAACGCUAAAAGCAAGAAUUUGAGUGCUGCAAGCUGAAAAGGUGCGAAGCAAAGUAUCGCAAAAGUAUUGUGCUGUGCGAGUGUGUGAGUGCAAAAGCAACAGGAGCCGCCAUACAACAGAGAGAAAAAAGAAACAAACAUAAAGUGUGGAAUUUAUAGGCUUUAAAAACCACUGAUCCUAAAGAGGCAUUGCGUGAAAAGCAGUCAGUUCGAAGUAAACACGAUUGCAACUAAAAUUGGAAAAAUUUUCAUUAUUUCGUAUAAUUGGCAUAGACCAUUCGUUUUAUAAUUUUCCAUGAAAGAAAACUUAAAAAAAAAUUUGCAAACAAUUUACGCAAGCAGUGUGCAAAGUAGUGAAGUAUAAAAAAAAAUUUUAAAAUAAAACGAGUGAUGAAACGAAAUGCCAAAACAAGUUGAGAGAAUCGAAGAAUUUCAAUACGGCUGCGCGACAGCGAAGACGAAACGUGCGCGUAACAGAGACGAAACGAGUGCGAACGCGAACUGAACGAAACGGAGCGGCGCGUGUGUACGAGUGAAAGAGUUGCUAGGCUAGCAGCAGUGGAGGGAGAAGAAAAAGAGGUAGAAUUGCAGUUGAGCAGCAACACCGCGGCAAAGUUUUGUCUUCCAGCGAAGGCCUGCACGAGUAUGCGUGCGUGCGUGUGUGUGUUUGCGGGUGCUGUGGCAAAAAGUGCAACGACAGUCAUCGCAGCGACAACAACUGCAUAGCAAGCAAGUAAAGCAAACAAUAACAAUUUACUAGAUCGAUGCAAAGGAAUGCACAAUAAAAGCAAAGCAACAAAAAAUAAUGAGAAAUUAAAAAAAGGCAACUGAAAAGACAGGAAUUUUUCACGCGAUAAGUAAAAAACAAAAAAGAAACGCAAAUGUGUAUGAAAGCGGCAUAAAAUGUAGCUGAAAGUGUGUUUGUGAUUUGAUGAAACAAAGCAAAAUUUCAUCACUCAAGUGUCACAAAACGUUAAAAAUCAGCGAAAAUUCUUAUUUUGAGUUUUUUAUUUUCUUUUUGGUAAAAAAUAAUUCUGCAAUAUUAUUUAUGUAUUAUGUUGUAGCAAAUGUGUACUAACAAUUUUCAGUUUCGAAAAUUAAGUUUAUUUUUUUUUAUUUUUGCCGCCACACGAAAGUGUAAAUAAGCUACGUUGUUGUUUUUCUUUAUUUUGUUGCCAAACGAAAAAAGUUAAAAAAAGAAUCCAAAAAAUUCAUAAAAAAAAAUGAAAUAAUUAACCGCCUUUUUCAUUUACCAAUUAAUUCACCUCGAUUUCAAUCAAAUAAAUCACAUUCUUUCAAUUUCAAUCCCUUUUGAAAUUAUGAAGAAUAACCAAACGAAAACCUCUAAUAACAACAAUAACACCAAUAACAACAACAGGAACAGCAAAAAUUUAAAUUACCUAAAUAACAUCAAUAAAAAAUUCACCAAUAACACGAAAGUCAGCAAAGCCACACAAUCGACGGCCAGCAACAAUAACGCUCAUAACAACACCAACAACAGCAAUAAUCACAACAAUAACAACGCUAAGCAUAACAAGAAGAAUAAUAAUAAACGCACUUUGCGUUUGGGUCGCAGCAAUAAAAUGGGCGGCCGCAAGGAUGUGCGUCGCGGCCUCGAGCCACUCGAAUUCGAGGAAUGCAUCGUCGAUAGUCCAGAGUUUCGUGACAAUUUGAAUCGGCACGAAAAGGAAUUGGAUCACACUAGUCAUCAGAUCAAGCGUAUCAUCAAGGAGGUGAAAGAUUUGAUGAGCGCGGCUAAAGUUUUGUCAACCCGCAUGAAACAAUUGGCUCACUUGCUGGACGAUUUCAAUUUCGAAUGCAUUGGCACAGCGCAAACAGAUGAUGAGAAUGUCAUUUGCGAAAGUCUGAAACAUUUCGCCGCCAUAAUUGGAACCAUCGAAGAUGAGCGAGAAAAAAUGCUGACGCUGGCGGAUCAACACAUUAUUAUGCCACUGGAGGAGUUUCGUAAGAAACAUAUUGGCGGCGUUAAGGAGAAUAAGAAAAAGUUUGAUAAGAAGACGGAAAAAUUUUGCCAGACACAAGAACGUUUCCUGAAUAUGUCAACAAAAAAGCCAGAGAAUACGAUACAGGAGGCGGAUGCCAGUCUGGGUAUGCACGAACGUGAAUAUGUACAGGAGUCCUUGAGUUACGUGCUACGCAUACAGGAAGUGCAGGAGCGCAUUAAAUUUGAAUUUGUUGAAAUUCUGCUUGGCUUCAUCUCCGGUUGGUUGGUUUUCUAUCAUACGGCGCACGAGCAGGCCGAGGAUAAUCGCGAUUACCUGCAAGAUUUGCGGCACAAGGUGCAAAAGACACGUGAGAAUUUCGAGGGUACUCGAGAGAAAGUCACCGAAUUGAAGACAAAAUAUAUGGAAAAGAGAACGAAACCGGAGGAGAAAUUUACAAAACGCGGCUAUUUGUUUUUGAUGGAAAAAAGUUCCCUUUUGAAAAUCUCUCUUCUAGAACCAUUCAAGGCAACAUGGACGAAAUACUACUGCACAUACAAGAAACAAAAGAAGGAAUUCACAAUGUUGCAAUUCAAUCAGAUGAAUCACAGUUCAACACGGCCUGAGGGACGUGAAGAGGAGAAACUAACGCUAUACUCGUGUCAUCCACGCAACUCGGAAUUCGAGAAACGUUUCUGCUUCGAUUUGACAUUCAAAGAGAAACCGGGUGUUGUGUACACAUUUCAAGCGCUAAGCGAGGACGAUCGACAGGCGUGGGUGAAAGCAAUGGACGGCACUGAAUCAACUUACUUUGCCCCAGGCAAAGUGAAGGCUGGCGAGGAAUAUCAGCUGGAUGACAUGGGCUUCGCUUUCGUGCGCAGAUGUAUCGAUGUGCUGGAGAAGCGUGGCCUCGAGGAUGAGGGUAUCUACCGCAAGAGCGGCGUUGGUACGAAAAUUUCCAAACUCUUGUCGCUGGGCAUGGAUCACAAGAAAGCGGAGAGUGUUUUUAGCGACGAACAGUAUAGGGAUCUCAUGGAGAGCAACACUAUAGCGAGUGCGUUGAAAACGUAUUUGCGCAAUCUAACCGAGCCACUGAUGACAUAUCGCUACCACAGCGGCUUCAUCGAGGCGGCAAAGCAAGAAAGCCUUAAUCAGCGCGUGCAUGAAGUGCAUAAAUUGGUACACAAGCUGCCACAGGCGAACUUCGAGAUGCUCGAUCUGGUCAUUAGGCAUUUGACAGAAGUAUCGCGCAGGUUUGAAAAGAACAAAAUGUCGGUCUUCAAUCUGGGCGUCGUUUUCGGUCCGACACUGUUACGCCCCCAGGAGGAGACCGUUGCUGCCAUAUUGGACAUCAAGUUCAACAACAUUGUUAUAAAUAUUUUAAUCGAAAACUACGAUCGCAUCUUCAAGAGCGACCCGAGUGCGCCACUGCUAAGUGCACCCAAUCCCACUAGUCCGCCGACGCGCGUGCCACGUGCUAGUCAAGCUGGUAAAUCGCCCUCAGCUGGCGGUGGAGUGGGCAAUGGCGGACGCACGUCCAUGUAUUCGCCUCAACAGCAAGUCUAUCGGCUUGUGACCAAGUCCAACUUCACAGAUCCACCGAUGUCAUCGAGUUUACAAAACAUUCCAAAUGGCCUAAUCUAUUCGCAUGGCAGCGGAGGAGGCGGCGGAGGUGGUGGUGGCGGCGGGGGUGGUGGCAACCCGGUAAGCCGUACAAAUGGCGGCCUUGUAAGUGGGCAUACCACCAACGGUAGCGGUGGUGGCAGCGGCCCGAAAAGCCUUGGCAUGAGCGUCAAUAUGGGUAGCGUCAAAAAUUUACAUUCCAUGUCGCAGAGUGAUAUCAGCGUGCGCAGCCUACGUGGCGGCGGCGGCGUUAGCAGCAGCGCUGCUGAUGCUGUGUAUGGCAUACUUGGCGGCGGCACGAAUGGCUCCGGUCUGACAGCACAUCAUGCCACGCCCGCGAAUGCGACGCAACUGCGACAAGAUUACCUAAUGGCUACAGCCACGCCGGCGUCUACGAGUAUCGGCGGCAGUGGCGGUAUUUAUUCCACCGCCUCAGCGGGCAGCACUACACGGCUAAAUAUGAACAACGUCUCCCCACCAACGAUAUCCAUGCGCACCGAAGCGUUGUACGGCUCUGCGAGUUUAGCGGGCGGCGGCGGUGGUGGCGGGCAGUCGCAACUCUCCCGCGGUCAUAUGUCGUAUGCGCAGGCAAAACACUAUUCACCUGUGGCAGCGGCGGCAUCCACCUCUAGUUCCAAUGAGAGUGUCUGUGAUUCCUUAUCGUCGGCGAAUGGCAUUGGCUGUGGGGUCGGCGGCGGGAGCAUGGGUGGUGGCGGCAAUAGUGGCAGUCGCAUGCUUGGCGGUGGUAAUUCACUGGACUAUGUGCCACAUUCCUCUCAAGCGUCUUCGCUGUCGACGCUUUUGGGCUCCACCUGCGACGAUGUGGUGACGGCAACGGCGGCACCCUCUAUGAUUGGCGGCGGUGGCAGUUCGCCGAAAGAUGGAGAGUAUGUGCCGGCUAAGGUGCAUCGCAAUAAGGAGGUACAACGCGAACUGAACGCGGGCACAGCACGUGUGCGCACACUGUACGCGUGUAUGGGCGAAAGCGAGGGUGAGCUGUCGUUUGAGCCAAAUCAGAUCAUCACUAAUGUACGCUACUCACACGAACCGGGUUGGCUGCAGGGCACGCUUAACGGUAAAACUGGACUUAUACCACAGAACUAUGUUGAACACUUAAAACCAUACCAUUAGAACUAGCUAACUAGUUAUGAAACUGGUUAGAUAAAGAUACUUAUGUACAUAUAUGAAUGUUUGAUAUAAAUUAUAUAUGUGUAUGUAUACCUACAAUAAUUUGUAUAUGUAUGUGUGUAAACUAAAGGCAAAUGCCGAAAUAGUUACAUGUAAAUGUAAUUUAAAGCGGCAAAGCAUUUGAAAAUUGGUGUGAUGUAAGCAAAAGUACAUAAAGUGCUUGUAGUUAAUUAGUUAAGUAGGGAUUUACAGAGAGAAGGGGAGCAGAAAUGGCAAAUAAAAUAGUAGAACCGCACUAAAACAGCGAAAUCAGCAAGACACCGGAAUGCACAAGCAAGUUCACA